UCGCCCUCCUACUCCCGCCCUUGUCCUUCAUGGCCUCAUCCUCUCCCUGGUCCUCCCAGGUGACUGCCCACGCCUGCUGUCACCAUGACGACCAUUCACCACAAGCAGAUGCUGCAGGAGCACGUGUCCAUGGAGUUCUCCAGCUCUGCCACCCACGUGCAGACCUUCUCCCAGACAACCAAGAUAGUGGGAGAGCAAGUCGUGUCGAGGAAGUCCUCGGGCACUGCCGAGUUCUUCAACUUGGUGACACGGAGCUCCGACGUCCUGCGGGCGGGAGAGUCGGAGUUCGUGGAGAAGCCUCAGCCUGUCCUCGCGUCCGAGGGCGAUAAAGGCGUGUUCCGAGCCCGGGUGCAGAGGAACCCCAAACCCGACACCUCCUGGAAGAGGGAGAGCGGCAUCCCCAUCAAGGAGUCCGCCAAGAUAUUCUGCGACAACAUGAACAAGGAGCACGUGCUGAAGCUAGAGCCACUGACCUCCGUGGACUCGGACAACUACAAGUGCAUUGCAAGCAAUGACCAUGCAGAUGCCAUCUAUACCGUGCCCUCGCUGGUGACAGAGGGUCAAGAUAGAAUGGAUUUCAAAAAGCUGUUGAAAAAGAGGGUUCCUCCUGCUCCCAAAAAGCAGAAGGUGACAAAUGAGAAAGAGAUGCUGGAGAUUUUGUCCAAGGGGCCCAAGAAGGACUUUGAGAAGGUCUGCAUGGAGUAUGGUUUCACCGACUUCCGGGGGCUGCUCAAGAAGCUCAAAGAGAUGAAGAAAGUGGAGGUGGGGGCCAUCCGGAUUCUGAAGCCCCUGGAAGACAGAGAGACCAAGGUUGACACCACAGUGGUCUUUGACUGCAUCAUGGAGCUGAAGGACCCCCAUGUCAAGAUGAUAUGGAUCAAGGGUAACGAGCCACCGAGGAUCGAGUGCUCCCCGGACAAGUACGAUGUGAAGCAGAUAGGCACCAAGCACAUGCUGGUCAUCACCAACGUGAACAUGAAUGACACAGGCACCCACAGCCUGUGUGGUGACAAGCGGAUGAGUGCCCAGCUCACAGUGCUGGAUGAGCCGCUGAAGUUCUUGGGACAGACGAAGCCAAUGAAGGUGACAGAGUGCCAGACAGCUGUGUUUGAGAUCUGCCUCUCCAAGAAAGUGCCCAACUUUGUGUGCAAGUUCAGUGGGAAGGAGCUGAAGAGGGAUGAAAAGUAUGAAAUCACAGUGUCCGAGGAGGGUCUGACCCACAGGCUUAAGAUUAAAGAUGCCAGACUCAGCAACAGUGGUGAGUUCUCUGCCGAGGCGGGGGACCUGGUACAGAAGGCCCAGCUCCCUACUGACCGCAUCCGCAUCAAGUUUGUGAGCACCCUCAAGAAUGUAUGUGUGAAAGAGAGGAGCCAGGCAUGCCUUGAGUGUGAGCUGACAUCCAAGGAUGUGACACUGAGCUGGAAGAAGGAUGGGUGGCUGCUGGAGCAUGGCAACAAGUACAGCAUGAACCACGAGGGCAAGCGAGCAGAGCUGGUCAUUGAAGAUGCACAGCUCAGUGACAGUGGCGAGUACACCACGGUGGCCAUGCAGGAUGGGGACCCCACUGAAUACAACAGUACUGCCACAGUCACCGUGGAGGAGCGUCUGGGCACGGUGAAGAGCAGGAUGUCCGACUUGCAUGCGGCCACCGGGAGCCUGGCUGAGCUGUGUGUAGUGCUGAACAAUGAGAAGGUGGAGGACGUGUGGCUGAAGGAUAGCAAGGAGAUCACAGACUUGCCCGGUGUGCAGAUCGUGAAGCAGGGUGCGGUGCACAAACUCAUCUUCCCCAACAUGGGCCCCGAGCACGAGGGCAAGUACACAUUCCGGGCCAAGGCUGCAGAGAGUGAAACCUCGGUAUUCGUUGCAGAUCCUCCUAUCCUCGACCCGUCGCGGCUGGAGGCACCGGCAGCGUACCCCGUGACCGUGAAGGUGGGCCACACGGCGACCAUCAAAGUGCCCUUCCAGGCAAAGCCACUGCCCAAAGUGAUGUGGUACAAGGACAGCGUGGAGGUGACAGAGGAGGCACUCGUGUCCAUGGAGCGCGAGGAAGACCAGGCGCUGCGCAUGAUUUCAAACUGCAUGUGCGAGGACAAUGGCCUCGUUAUGCUCAAGCUCAAGAAUGACUACCGCUCGGCCACAGCCACUCUGCACCUCAGCGUGCUUGACCGCCCCAAGCCUCCCCAGCGCUGGGUGGAGUUCCUGGAGCUCUCGGGCAGUUGUGUGCACAUGAAGUGGAAGGCCCUGAAGGACAAUGGUGGGUGGCCUGUGACACAGUUCAUCGUGGAACGCAAGGCGGUCGGCAAGAAGGCCUGGAUUAAGAUAGGCGAGGUGGACAGCAAACUCACCUGAUUCUCCACCAGCGAGGUGGAAAAGGGAAAAGCCUACCAGUUUCGUAUCCUGGUGGUCAUUUUGGAAGGAGUGAGCGACCCUCUGGAGACAGACAAAGUGUUUGCAGGAAAUCCUGUUGGUCAGUCAGAUAGCCCUGUGCUCAGGGGUCAGGAUGGGGCCUUCAGCCAGCGAGGAAGGCUGGUCUGUGCGGAAUUCCACAGGGGCAUGUCUCUAGCUGUCCCACUGUUUGAGGAGGUCCCCAACAUGGUGACUUUGACCUGGAACCACAAUCCCGACCUGAAGGAGGACAGUGAUGCCCACUAUGUCAUCCUGAAGCGGGAUGCCAGCACAGCCACCUGGUUCACUGCGGCCCAUCAGGUCUUCAGCACCAAGUAUGCGGUGACGGGGCUGCUCCCGGGCAGUAGUACUUCACUACUUCGAGUGGUGGCCUGGCACGAAAUUGGUGACAGCAACCCACUCGACUCCAGGGAUACCUGGCUCAUCAACAAGGACAAGAUCGAGGACCUGAGCGCCAAGCUGAAGCCGUACCAGCCGAGGGACUGGCGCCACGCGCCGCGCUUCCUGACCCUGCUCAAGCGGCACGCGGUGCUGCGCGGCCAGGACUGCACCAUGACCUGCGUCUUCCUUGGGAACCCGCGGCCCACGGUGACCCUCUACAAGGGCGACGUCAACAUCACGGCCAUCUCCAAGUUCUGGUACAGCUCCACCAGGGGCGUGUGCACAACCGUCAUCCCCACCGGCACGCUCAAGGACAGCGGUGAGUACAGCGUGGCGGUGGAGAACGAGCUGGGCAAAGACCCCAGCAGCUGCCCGCUCACCGUUUAUGACAAAGAUGAUAAGUCAAUUCCAGCAUCAGUCACUGAGAGUCUGCAGAAGAAAUCCAAGUAUCUUAUGGGAGCUCCAGCCCCACCCACGCAUCAGGAGAAUGUUGUGAUGUGGGGCUUCUGGCCUGUCCUCUGCGUGGCCUCAGGAUCUCUGUAA